GGGGCAUAUCUCGUUGGUCUGAUUCAAGGGAAUUAUGAGUAGAUGACACCAAACAUCUAGCAACACGAACCACGAACAGCUCAUAGAGAAGCUCCUUCGACCUCAAACCAGACAUACAAUAAAAGGACCUCGCUCACCCCGACCGAUAAGAUCACCCAAAACUGAGGCCCCUAUGGGGAACGCAUUCAGUACCCGCAUAUAUGAACCUACCUUGCUGAUCGGCUACACACCUGUCCGCACUUGUAACACAAAACUACCGUCUACAAAAUACGAGAUCACAUGACCCACAAAUCCAUCUCUCGCUAGCAUAAAGCGCGCUUUCGCUUCCUGUAUAACGUGCCCGCUCUGAGGUUGACGAUCCCUACUAGUAGUCUAAGAACAGCGCUUCUCAUGGCUUCCUCACUGGAGCAAACUCCAAAAGAGGAGACAACGAACCUUUCAAGACCUCCUGAAAGCCCAGACACCCCAACGUCCAUAUCCCUCAUCAGCUCCCUCCAUACUCUAACAAUAACCCCAUCCGCCGCCUCACGAGCCCUCAACAUCCCCGAGCUCCUCGAAACCAUCCUCCUCCUCCUCUCAUCCACCUUCCACGACCUCGUCUUCGAGCACCCCACCUACACCCUCAACAGCGAGCCCCUCUACCACCUCCUCGCCCUCUGCCGCGUCAGCAAAUUCUGGCACAAUGUAAUCAUGAACUCCACCCGCUUUCGCGAGCCCCUGUUCCUGCAUCCAAUACCCAAACCCGCCGACACCGUCACAGACGCCGACGACACGGAUGCCGCGUACCAGAAAGGCGCGGGAGGAGUUGCCGCGGACGAUGCGGGGAUGCUGGUGACGCAGCCGCCGUGCUGGGCGGCAGAGGUGGAGUUGAAGUGGAGUAUGUUGGAGGGGAAUUGGCGGUUGGAGCCUUGGACUAGGACUGUGAAGAUCAAGGUGAAAGAGGAGGCUGGAAGUCUGACGUUGGGGGAGUUGCACUGGGUGCUGAGGAAGCAUAUGCGGCCGCCGAGGAAGGCUGGUAAUUAUGGGGCGCAUAGAGCGCAUACAGCCGUUUUGAGCUUCUUCUAG